AACUUUCAUCACACAAAAGCCUCAGCUUCUCACCCCUGCAUCCCUCCUCUUCCUCUCGAAACCCUAGCUCUUUCUACCCCUCCUCCGUUCUUCUCUCUUCCAUUGACAUGGCGGGCCGGCUCAUCUCGGCGGUCUUCGGCGGCUCUCAGCGAGCCAAGCAGCCCGACCAGGGACUCCUCAACAGCCUGGUCGCUGUCUUCGACGACAACAAGUUCAUGAAGGAGAUGGUCGACACUCACGCCCCCGACGAGAGUGACGUCGACGUUCAGGCCCUCUUCGCCCUCGUCGAGAACACCCUCAAGGGCUCUACCGCCAUUGUCGACAAUGUGGUUAACCUGAACAAGGCAAGCUCGACACCAGCUGCGAUCCCAGAAUUUAAGCCUGCGAAGGAGGGUUUCACUCCCCCACUAUCGACAAUUAGCGAAGUUACUUGCCAGAUUACUUGCAAAGCCUUGGAUACCAAGAAUGUGCGCGAAACGAUGUCCUCGAUUUUCCACGAGCUAUCGAGCUACUCAUUGGUCACUAAGGCCGUGGUCACACUGUCGUCCUUGGGGCUGUACUACGGCGACUUCUGGCGGCUCGCUCAGAUCGAGCCCUCGGACAAGCUCGCGGAGUCCAUGGCCGUAUUGAAGGGGUUACCUGCAAUCACGAAGCGAGUCGAGACGCAGAAGAUCCAAGUGUUCGGAGUGCUCAACGACUUGAUCAAGACCACGCUCGAAAUGACUCGGUGCAUCGUGGAGUUUGACCACGAUAGCAAGGAUGUCCCGGAGUUAGCCAAGGUCAUCGACAUUCCUUCCAGCGUUUAUCAGAUCAUCAUCGCCGUCCUUGGUUGCUCGAUCCGGUUCACUGACCUUAUUACGACUACCCCAGUCGACGAGUCGAAGGGACGAGAUCUGCCCGCAUUUGCUCGCAAAGUGAACAUAAUUCACCACAACAUCAAGAGGCAGCUGGAGGAUUUUAAGCAAAAAAAGGAGGAGAUUAGAGAGUACCAGAGGCUGCAGCGGCUUUUUACUGCGCCUACGGACAAUGUGGAGCUCAUUAAGGCGCUGUUUUACACCAAGGAUGAUCCUCAGCCGCUUUACAUUGGCUCCAAGAAGAACACGGAUAAGAUUGAAUACCUCAGAAGGAAGAAUGUGUUGCUGCUCAUCUCUGACCUGAAGCUAUCUUCCCAUGACCUCUCGAUCCUGGUGAAAAUCUAUAAUGAGCCCAAGUUCCACGAGAAUCACGAGAUCCUGUGGAUCCCGGUUGUGGACCAAGACAGCGAGGACCUGCCCAACGUUUUCGAGAACCUGCAGUCGCAGAUGCCGUGGUGCUCGACACACUACCCGACACUGAUAAACAAGGUGGCCAUCAGGAUCAUCAAGGAGAAGUGGCACUUUAGGAACGAGCCUAUCGUGGUGGUGUUGGAUCCGCAAGGGAAGGUCGAGUCCCAGAACGCAAUGAGCAUGAUAAGGAUGUGGGGGUUUAAUGCAUUUCCUUUCACGGAUGGUGUGGUGGCGACCCUUUGGAGGAGGCGUGACAUCAGCUGGUUCGAGCUCCUUGUGAACGACUCCAUUGCCCCUAACGUGCGAGAGGCGAUCAAAUCGGAGAAGCUCAUUUUCUUGUACGGAGGCGAAGACACAAAGGAAGUGCACGAGGUGGAAGUGCACUUGAAGAAGAUCUCCGACGACGGGAACUCCAUUGUUGCCUAUAACGUUGGGAAGAUUCAGCUCUUCUGGACUCGCCUCGAAAGCUGCAUGUUCUCCAUGUUGCAGGGGAAAGCGGACAUCCUCGACCCGCUGCUGCAAGACAUCCUCAAGCUCUACACCAACUUCAAGAAGGACGGCGGGUUCGCCCUCCUCACGAAGGGGACCCGUGUGGUGAUCAACACGCCCUUGGCCUCCUCGUCAAAGGUGCUGGCCCAGUACGAUACCUGGAAGAAGCAAGUGAACGUGGAUGGCAAGACCUUUGACGUCGCGCUCAAGGAGCACCACGACAAGGUGGUGGCUCCCCAAACGUGCCACCACUUCUACAUCCCGAACAUGGUCGGGUACGCGCCCGAGAAUGUGAAAUGCCCGGUUUGCCCCCGGGUGAUGAAGAACAUUGUGAAGUUCGAGUGCUGCCAUGGUGCACAUUAGUGUG